AUAUUACAUUAUUAUCCAAUAGUCUCUCAGUGUGUGAAAUCUUGUGAUGCGCUCCCAAAGUCUGGCCCAACUACCUCCUGGAAUUUCAGAAUUUUUCUUGGGCCAUAAGAGUAAAAAACUUGCGCGCGGCGUUGAAUGUUGCCGUUGAAUGUUUCACAGUGGGGGUGGUUCAUGAAUCAUCACACCAACUUGCAAACUCUAAAAUUCCACUGACUUGCAACGUAACGCCAUGUCGUUGGUUUUGGUUGGCCGUUCAAGUCGGUUACGGGCCCACACGCAAACCAUGAAUCAUGCCAGCAUCAGCAGGCCACGUCUGAGCUCGCCAUGCUCGCGUCCUGUGGGCAAUGCGGGUGAAGAGUCUUGGCGCAACGUGGCGGCGACUUUGGGUUGUUAAUUGGCGGGUCAAUGCAGGCGAACAUUAUCGGGCAUUGACACGCCACCCGGUACGUCCCUUUCCUUCUGGCCUCUCCGAUUUCCUCUAAGGAUCUACUACUACUGCAGGGUGCUACGAACUCACAGCACGCCACACCGGGCUCCUGCGCUGAUCGUAGAGAGCGAGGCGUCUGCAAAUGGAGGAGCGCGGCGGCGGAGAGCACGAGGCGUGGGAGCAGCCGCUGUGGAGCGCACGGGGCAGCCCCGCCACCUCGUCGGCGGGCUCGCUGGCGGACGAGCCCGACGACGACGCCGAGGACAAGGUGUUCGUCGCGGUGCCCGAGGAUGUCGGCGACGGGAGGAGCACCCUGCUGUGGGCGCUGCACAACUUGGUCAGGGACGGUUCCGAGGUUGUGAUCGUCCAUGUCCACAGCCCCGCACGAGCGAUCGCCAGGAUGAGGGAUCAUACCAGCAUGAAACCAGAAGAAAUCAAGGAGUACAGGAAGCUCAAGCGAGCAAAGGCAGAGAAGAACCUGAAUGCAUAUGUUCAAAUAGCAAAACGCACAGGGGAAGACAUAGAGGUUGGUUGUGAGAAAGUAAUAAUUGAGAUGGAUAAUGUUGCUCAAGGACUUGAGGAACUCAUCAUCCUUCAUAACAUCACCGAGCUUGUAAUGGGAGCAGCUGCAGACCAACACUUCUCAAAAGAAAUGAACACACCAAAGUCAAAGACAGCACUCAAGCUUAUGGAGACAGCAGUUCCAUCAUGCAAGAUAUGGUUUACUUGUAAAGGGCAUUUGAUAUGUACCAGGGAAGCAACUGAAAGCCUUCCUGCAAUACUUCCAUCACCUGCAAAAAAUGCACCAAUGGCACCAGCAUACAGCAUAUCAAGCCAAAUGGGAUCAAUGGCACCCGCUGAGUUGGAAUAUGAAGUAUCAAGCUCCAAAGGAUACACUUCAAGCUCAUUGGUUGCAACAGAAAUGACAGAUUGGGAUUAUCUUUUCGGAGAUUGGGGAAUGACAGUGUAUGGGUCAUCAAGAAUUGAUGCUGCUGCCAAUUUCUCCGGAACUGCUGCUCUACCUCCAAUUAUCGGUGAUGCAAAUGAACUAACACCAGUCCUGCAUUCUCCUACACAAGAAUCUGAUAAUGUCUACUUGCUGCUAGAAUCAGCAUAUAAUCAGGAAGACGAACCCAGUGUAGAUGAAGAAAUGUAUGGGAAACUUCAAGAUCUAUGUAGUGAAGCUAAGCUGUUGCUGGAUCAAGCUGAUGAUAAGUCUCAUAAAAUAGGCAAAGCUGAAAUGGACCUGCAUUCAGCACUUGAAAGAAUUAAAGAGUCAGAAGAUUCUUAUCUUCAAGAGGUGAGCCAGAGAAAAGAAAUUGAGAAGACGUUUGCCAGACAGAGGCUGCAGAUUGAAGAAAUGAGAAGGCGACUAUGCACAUUAUCUGAUGAAUUACAGGAUUCAAAAAAGUAUAACCUUAUGCUUGAACAACGUAUAACACAAAUUAAAUCUGCUGCAAAAGAUCAUGUGGAAGAAAUUACUGAAUAUUUUAUAAAACAAUCAUGUGAGGAAUCUAAGAAAUGCCAAAAGAUCGAAAUGGAUCUGCUUUCGACACUUCAGAGAGUUAAAGAGGUGGAGAGUUUGCUCCAAAAUGAGAAGGCACAGAGGGAAUAUAUGGAAGAGAAGAUAGCAAGACAGAGGACAGAGAUUGAAGAAACAAAGAGACAACGAGAUAAACUAUAUUACGACUUCCAGGACGCAAAAGAGCAGAGGAUCAGACUGGAACAAGUUGAUGCGUCUGAAGAAACUAACAGAAGAAGAAAAGCGGAAAGAGAUAUGCUCUCAUAUCUUCAAAGGAUUAAAGACCUGGAGAAUCAGCAGAUACGUCAGUUGAAAAAACAGGAAACAAUGGAGGAGACAAUGGCAAGACAGAAGGAAGAAAUUCAAGCAACAAAAAGAAAGUUACAUGAGAUACAUGGCAAACAUAUGGCUGAGAUCAAGUCUGCUGUGAAAGUCCAUGAAGAAAAGGAUGCAAACAGCAAACAGCUUUUCCAAGAGCUCCAGGUAAAGUAUGACAAGUUACUGCAUGAGAGAGACACUGCAGUUAUAGAAGCCAAAGAGCUGCGCCAAAAGAACAAGCAAAGUGCCUCAGUGACAAAUGAAACUCCAUACACCGGGUUCUCAUUUGUCGAGCUGCAGAAAACAACCAACGGAUUUGAUGCAGAAUUUAAGAUUAGCGAAGAUGGAUUUGCAAGCAUCUAUAAAGGUUUUAUCCGCAACACAAAUGUAGCAAUAAAGUUGUUCCAUCCACGAAGCUUAAAAGGGCAGGCAAAGUUUUAUCAAGAGGUUGCUGUCCUCAGUAGAGUCAGGCAUCCUAAUCUCGUCACACUGAUGGGAGCAUGCCCGGAUGAUUUCGCGCUCGUGUACGAAUUCCUCCCAAAUGGUAGCCUCGAGGACUGGCUCUCAUGCAAGAAACACAUGCCACCUCUGACAUGGAAGGUGCGCACGCGGAUCAUUGGGGAGAUAUGCUCAGCUUUAGCCUUCAUCCACUCACAUAAGCCUUAUCCAAUUGUUCACGGUGAUCUAAAUCUGGGGAACAUUCUCCUUGAUGCCAACUUUGUCAGCAAGGUGGGAGACUUGGGCAUCUGCCACCUUCUCAGACAACCCGACUUACCAACCACCAACCUGCAACAUCACCCUACAAAGAACCAUAAGGGGACACUUUGCUGUAUGGACAAUGGUGAAUUCAAGUCAGCAAGAGAGCUCAUGCUGUGGUCCGACGUGAACUCAUUCGGCAUUAUCAUCCUUCGCCUACUGACAGGGAGAUCAAAGCAACAGAUUGGUGAAAUAGUGGAAGAAGCAAUGGAGAAAGGUAACCUGCAUUCUAUCAUUGAUGCCUCCGCAGGGGACUGGCCAUUGAUGCAGGCCAACCAGAUGGCACAGCUUGGGCUUAGAUGCAUCACCUUGAGCUGGGGGCGCCAGCCAAAUCUCGCAGGGGAAGUAUGGGUGGUGAUCGAGCAACUGAUGAAAGCUGCUUGCCUGCCCACUGGGCCAUCUCGAUUUGCAUCACCUUCAGAUGCUCCCCCUCCAUCACACUUCAUCUGUCCAAUUUUUCAGGAAGUGAUGAGUGAUCCCCACAUGGCAGCAGAUGGGUUCACAUACGAAGCCGAAGCAAUCAGGGGAUGGCUUGACGCGGCCGACACAUCGCCGAUGACAAACCUGAGACUAGCAAACCGCACGCUCACCCCAAACAAGGCGCUCCGUUCAGCGAUUCUCGAGUGGCAACAGCAACAGAACCGGAGGUGACUCAUUCACUGGACGCGGGUGCAGCAGCAGCUCACGCCAGAUGCUUCAUCCAGCUGUGAAUAGUGUGGUGAAUAGGGUAUUGUACUGAGUUUUGUUUUAGUAGCAUGCAAAUUGGUGUA